AUGAAAAAAGGAUUUUUCCUAGUGAUAUGCUUAUGUUCCUUAAUAUUAAUAAGAACAUAUAGCGCACUGUCAUUAAAGGGAAUAAAGGAAGGUGAUUCUCCUCGUUUGAUGUAUUAUAAUAAGGAGAGCCAUGGUAACACUUUAAAAGUUAGUAAGGAUGAAUUAAUGAAGCGUAUAGUUCAAGAUGUAUCCUACGAUAUUAAUAAUUUUAUAAACGAUCAGUAUGACAACAACAACAACAACAACAACAACAACAACAACAACAACAACAACAACAACAACAAUAAUAAUAAUAAUAAUAAUCAUAACCAUAUGAGGAGGGAUAAGACAAGUGAAAAAGUUAAAGAAUUACAAAAUGAUGAUAAGUUGUUAAAUAUGAAAAAUUAUUCAUAUAAAUAUAAUAAUAAUAAUAAUGAUGUGAAGUAUAAAAAGAAUAAUUACAAAAAUGAAAAAAAUUUAGAAAAUAAUGAUACAGUGUAUAUAAAAUCUUUACAAAAUAAACCCUUAUUAAAAAUGAAUAAUAAGGAGAAGGAUAAUAAAAUUGAAAUGAAGGAUUCCAAAAAAGGUAAUUACAACAAAUAUAAGAUAGAGCAUAAUAAUAAAUCAUAUGAUGAAGGUAUAUCAAAUAGUAGAGAGCAAAAUAAUGAUGAGAACUAUAUGAGAGAAGAACAAAGGGGGAAUAUAAGCUUUAAAUUAAAUAAUUUAAAUAAAAAAAAAAGUAGAAUUAAAAAUAAUAGGAAUGGAAAAAAAGAAAACAAUAUGGAUAUUAAUAAUAAUAAGAUAAAGAUAAAUAAUAUUAAAAAGGAUAUCCCAAACAUAGAUAAUGAUAAUGAUAAUAAUAAUAAUAAUAAUAAUAAUAAUAAUAAUAAUAAUAAUAAUAAUAAUAAUAAUAAUGUUGAUGGUGAUGACAAUACAACAAUCCAAAAUAAGAGACCUACUAAUAUAUCAUCAACUAAUGAACAUAAAAACAGAAAUAAUAAUAAUCAGAAUAAACCAAAACAACACAGUGAAAAUCAUCAUAAAAAUAAGUUGACUGAAACGUCAUAUAACGGAGAUGUAAUAGAAAUAAAAAUAAUAUCUGAUCCAGGAUUUGUCAAAAGUAACCAUAAGAAAACAGAAAAGAAUGAAAAGUAUGAUAUGAAAGAGAAAGAUUUAUUAAGGAUAAAGAAUGGAAAGAAGGACAAGGAGUUGAAGGGUGCUCCAGAUAAAACGUCCAAACGUAGAGAAGUAGAAAGGGAGAAGGACCACCUAAAGGGUAACUCAAAAAAUAAAAAUAAAAUAUAUAUAUAUAUAUAUAUAUACAUAUGUAUAUAUUUUUAUUUUUAUUUUUAUUUUAUUAUUUUAUUAGGAAGAAGGAAUAACUUUAAACAACAAAAAAAACACAACAAAAAAGAUAGAAAUAAAAACUUUACUAUAAAAACCAAUGACGACAGUAAGAAGAACAAGAUAAGCUAUAUCCAAAUGUAUACGGAUAAACAUGGCACCGAGGAAUAUUCACCAAAAUUAAAUGAAGAAUCCUUAUUUAAUAAAUUAAACGAUGAUGAAACUUUUGAUGAGGAUAUAUAUGAAGGAAGUGAUGAGAUAGAUAGUAAUAUGUCUAUAAAAAAAAUAAAUGAAGAUAAAAAUUUAUUAGAAUUUGGUGAUGAGGGUGUGAAAGAUAUAGGAAGUACAGAAAAUGAAAUGAUUAAGAAUAAAAAAAAUAUUAUAAAAAAUUCUAGAAAAGUAUACAAUCUUAAUUUGUAUAAUUGUGAUUUGAUAGAUGAUUGGGAUUUGAAUCAUGAAUAUAUAGAUGAAGAAGGGAAACUAAUAAAGUUGAGUGGAUACGUUUUUCAAAACAUUGUAAGUACGGAUUCUAUGCCUACAGUGAAUAUAACUGAUUGGAAACUCAGGGGAUCGUGUAGUUACGAUAAUUAUAUAUGUGGUGCUUUAAAUUAUAUGAAUAAUAUAUAUUCUAAAGGAGAUCGAGUUAUAUUUGAUGGAAAAAUAUAUGAGGCGACAACUGAGGUAUAUGAAACACCUAAAGCUCUGGAAAAUUUAUGGAUAGAAAAAACAAAUGAUUGUUAUGAUUUUUAA